AUGAAUGAUAUAAUAAGAAAGAUUAAUCCAUUUUCACAAAUACCAAAAUAUCAGAUUGCACAACAGAUUGUCAAUUUCGGAUUGAUUGUAUCAUCAGCUUUGAUGAUAUGGAAGUUCUUGAUGAUUGUCAGUGGUAGUGAAAGUCCAAUCGUAGUGGUAUUGUCAGGUAGUAUGAGACCAGCGUUCGACAGAGGUGAUCUAUUAUAUUUGAACAUGGACGACGGUCCAUUCAGAGUUGGUGAAAUCGUUGUAUUUAAAAUCGAUGGUAAAGACAUCCCAAUUGUACAUAGAAUCUUACAAAUACAUGAAAAACCGAGUGGUGAUUUCAAUAUCUUAACAAAAGGUGAUAACAAUACAGUUGACGACAGAGGAUUGUACGCAGAAGGACAGAUUUGGUUGAAUCGUGAGCAUAUCAUUGGAAGAGCUAAAGGUUUCUUACCCUACGUCGGAAUGGUAACCAUUGUAAUGCACGACUAUCCUCAAUUAAAGAUACUCUUGGUUGGUGUAUUAGCAUUAUUUGUAUUAUCAACAAGAGAAUAA